GAGCAGUAGAGAGGAUGGGUCCGUGGGCUACGAUGUAGUCAUCAUCAGUGGUGACGUAUCGCUUUAACUUCCGGGUUGCGUGAUGGGCUGACCUCAGACCCCCCGAAAUAAACAGCCGACAUUUCUACUUCUAACACAAACAUAAAAGAUUCAAUGGGGAAUAAAAUCGAGGACUUCAAGGAUUCAUGGCUGUGACAGAGUUACAGAGACCUCCUCCUACACUCCAUCCCUAGAUUUGGAUUGUGCUCCUUAGCCAUGUCGUCACGUGUGUUGCUGCGGCAACAGCUGAUGCGAGAACAGGCCCAGGAGCAAGAGAAACGUGAGGCCCAGCAACAGGCCUCUGCCUCUCAGCUCAGGUCAUCUCACUCCACUCCAGCCAUCUCUGUCACACUGCCUCCCAAUGCUGCCCACCCACCCUCUGCACAGGUUCCAGUGGAAGUCUUGAAAGUGCAGACCCACUUGGAGAAUCCCACAAAGUACCACAUCCAGCAGGCACAGAGGCAGCAGGUGAAGCAGUAUCUCUCCACAACUCUAGGCAACAAGGCCAUUCCUCCAACCAUCUGUGUGUCCCCUCUGCCACAGUCCAGUUCUGCGCCCGAGGUCGCACCUACUGCUAGCAGUGUUCCAAACAGCCCUAUGGCUCUACUGAACAUCGGAUCCAACAAAGAGGAAAUAGAUGAUGUGAUUGAUGACAUCAUCAGUCUUGAGUCCAGUUUUAAUGAUGACAUCAUUACAUUAAUUGACUCAGGACUUCAGCUGCCUAACACGCUCCCAGGUAAUAUGUUGGAUGUUUACCAUAGCCCUGGAUUGACGGCGCAGACUCUUACGGUUAGCAACUCCUGCCCUGCGGAUCUUCCAAAAAUAAAAAGGGAAAUCACUGAAGCAGAUGCUAAAGCUCUGUUGAAAGAAAGACAGAAGAAGGACAACCAUAACCUCAUUGAAAGGAGGAGGAGAUUCAAUAUCAAUGAUCGUAUAAAGGAGCUAGGAAUGCUCAUCCCAAAAUCAAGUGACCCUGAAAUGCGCUGGAAUAAGGGCACUAUUCUAAAAGCCUCUGUAGAUUACAUCAGGAAGUUACAGAAAGAGCAACAGCGAACCAAGGAGAUUGAGACGCGGCAGAAAAAGCUGGAACGAGCAAACCACACUCUUAUGUUACGCAUCCAGGAACUGGAAAUGCAGGCACGGCUUCAUGGCCUGUCCACCCCCUCUACCACCACUACCAACAUUUCGUCUGGCCUGAACUCCAACACCUCUCUGCUCCAGCAGCACCCAGCUGCUCAGCAUGUCCAGUCUUCAUCUCUCAAUGCAGCUGGAGCGUCUGCCCAGAACCUGCUUAAUCUGAGAGCAACACCUGCUGGACAGUCUGUGCCAGCUUCCUUUCUGUCCCCACCUUCCUCAGACUCCCCUGCAGGUGUCACUAUCUGCAGCCCUCUGGACCUGGGCAGCCUGAGCUUUGCAGAGCUGGAAGACACGUCAGCCUCAGCACUCUACCCUGACGUGGGCUUGGGAGACAUUCUCAUGGAUGAGGGAUGUGCGCUGUCUCCAGAGAUGGAUGCCAAGCCUUUGUUUUCUCCUCUGUCACCCGGUGCCUCUAAAACGAGCAGUCGCAGGAGCAGCCUUGAAAUGGAUGAGGACCUGUGAUAAAUCCCAGGAGCAGUCGCACACCCACAGAUGAUGCAUUGAUCCCAUGGUGUCAGGAGUUUCAGGGAGGUCCUCACCUAACAAGAAUCUAUUUAUACAGAUCUAUUAUAUAGAACCGAACUCAGAAAAGCAAAGGAGGUGAAAAUUAGAAUCAAUACGUACAAGCACUGAAA